AUGACCGAUGAAGAUAAGAAAGGACUUGGAGUAACUCUUAACAUAUUUGAGCCUAUGGAAGGUGGAUUUGAAAACCCCAAAGUCAGGGAGAAACUUGGCAUUGAAGAUGAAAUAUUUGAAAAGACUACAGAUCAAAAACCAAGAAAUAAAAAAUCAAAAGACGAAAACAUAAGUGAUAAGAAACCAUCAGAUAAAAAACCGACAGAUGAAAAACCAAGAGAUGAAAAAGCAAUACGUGACGAGGAAGAAGCUAUAAAGGAGUUUUUGUCGAGCAAGGGAAAAGGCAAAGGCCCACCGGAAGUAACGAUAGUUCCAAGGAGCGAAUGGAGCAAGAUUGAGUUACCAGAGAAAUUAUUCCGAUACACGGAACCUGUGAAGUUUGUACUAAUGACUCACACAGGGACCAGUUCUUGCUCUAAGAAGGAAGAUUGCAUAAGAAUCCUUCGUACCAUCCAGCGAACUCAUAUCGCCCUUGGAUAUGCCGACAUAGUCUACAAUUUCCUGAUCGGAGGGGAUGGCCUGGUGUAUGAAGGUCGGGGUUGGACUUGGGAGAGCGCUUGGAUACCCAAGUAUCAAGAAACUGAUGACAGGAGGUGCCUCAAAGUUGCUCACAUCGGUUACUAUGGUGACUUUUCUAAGAAGGCGGUGGAGGCAAAACCAUUCAAACUGUUGCUUGACUUGUUGGAAAAUGGAAUGUACAAGAACCAUGUUAUGUGGAAUGCCACCAUGAUAUCAGACUACAACCAACCAAAAGAUAUACCCAUUGAUAUUUGA